AUGCUCGCCAGCGUUGAGACGAGCGCCUGGGCCGUGUUCACCGCGGCCGACGCCGACGCGCAGGUUUCCGGCCCGCCGGUCGAAUACGGCCCCGAGGAGGCGACCCACGCCACGGACCUACGCCAGUGGUACCACGAGACCGGGAUGGCGAUGGUCGCCGACCACCAGCUGCAGGCGUCGAUCGAACGCGACAGCCGCGAGGCCACGCCGCACAGCGUGGCCGGGCUGAGCGAUGCGGGGAGCGUGAACUCGGCGGGUGGCGGCGGCGGCGGCGGCGAGAUGCGUGAGGCCUCCUCGACCUCAAACCGGGGGGUCGGGGGCUCGCGGCGGCGCAAAUCACACCGUCGCAUUACGAUCCACGAGCUGCGGGAUGGCCGGCGGUACGCCGAGGUGGGCUCGCCGACGAGCCGUGAUAGUAUCCACGAACUUCGCGAUGGUACUGUGUACGCCAAUCUCUGA